UGGCCUUCCAGCACAUCCGGUAGCAGGCGGGGCUCCGUUGCCGGAGUAACUGGGCGUCGUUGUAGAGGUGGUGUCUUCCUGUGGCAGAGGUACCUAUUUCCCUGCGCCGAGAUCCUGAGACUAUGAAUCAUGGUGAAAGAUUCGUUUUCAUUACAGAGUGGUAUGAUCCAAAUGCUUCACUUUUUCGACGUUAUGAACUUUUAUUUUACCCAGGAGAUGGAUCUGUUGAAAUGCAUGAUGUAAAAAAUCACCGCACCUUUUUAAAGCGAACCAAAUAUGAUGAUCUUCACUUGGAAGAUUUAUUUAUAGGCAACAAAGUGAAUGUCUUUUCUCGACAACUGGUGCUAGUUGACUAUGGGGAUCAAUAUACAGCUCGCCAACUGGGCAGUAGAAAAGAAAAAACAUUGGCUCUGAUUAAACCAGAUGCAAUAUCAAAAGCUGGAGAAAUAAUUGAAAUGAUAAACAAAGCCGGAUUUACUAUAACCAAACUCAAAAUGAUGAUGCUUUCAAGGAAAGAUGCAAUGGAUUUUCAUAUAGACCAUCAGUCAAGGCCCUUUUUAAAUGAACUGAUCCAGUUUAUUACAAGUGGUCCUACUAUCGCCAUGGAAAUUUUAAGAGAUGAUGCCAUAUGUGAGUGGAAAAGAUUGCUUGGACCUGCAAACUCCGGGAUGGCUCGUUCGGAUGCUCCUGGAAGCCUGAGAGCCCUCUUUGGAACCGAUGGCAUAAGAAAUGCAGCUCAUGGCCCCGAUUCUUUUGCUUCUGCUGCCAGAGAAAUGGAGUUAUUUUUUCCUUCAAGUGGAGUUUGUGGACCAGCAAACACUGCUAAAUUUACGAAUUGUACCUGUUGCAUUAUUAAGCCCCAUGCCAUCAGUGAAGGACUGCUGGGAAAGAUCCUCAUGGCUAUCCGGGAUGCAGGUUUUGAAAUCUCAGCUAUGCAGAUGUUCAACAUGGAUCGAGUUAAUGUUGAAGAGUUUUAUGAAGUUUAUAAAGGAGUGGUGUCUGAGUAUAAUGAGAUGGUGAAAGAAAUGUAUUCUGGCCCUUGUGUAGCAAUGGAGAUUCAACAAAAUAAUCCUACAAAGACAUUUCGAGAAUUCUGUGGACCUGCUGAUCCUGAAAUUGCCCGGCAUUUACGCCCUGGAACCCUCAGAGCAGUCUUUGGUAAAACUAAGAUCCAGAAUGCUGUUCACUGUACUGAUCUACCAGAGGAUGGCCUAUUAGAGGUUCAGUAUUUCUUCAAGAUCUUGGAUAACUAGCAGUAGAGAAAGCAAAGAAGUCACAGGCUGGAGUAUUUAGACAAGAGUGAAUCACGCACAUGAGGAAUGUGUUCAUUCUUUUAUUGUCCAUUGUUUUAACCUGACUGAAUACAAGAUCAACAAGAGCACUGUACUCCUGGCAAUUAUUAUAUAUGUUAGAACAUGGAUUUUGCACUGUAGACAACAUUUAACACCAGUCUAUGGGGUACUGCAUUGCUUUUUAUAAAGUCCAAAAUAAAGAUUUAUUUUCAAACAA